AUCUACAGAACGACCUUACAUUCCGCACGUGACUGAGAGGCAGCUCCACAGCCUUUCCCCAACACACUGCUGCGUCUCCUCAUUGGCUGAGAGUGAAAGCAGUGGACGUGGUCAGCCAGGAGAGGGCGGAGCCGAUGAUGACAUAGGAGCGAGUGUGAGGAGUCCGAGAAGCUCAGCGGCCAAUUAGACGACAGCUGCAGAGAGCAGGGAGUCCGCAGCGCGAGCCGGAAAUGAACAGCACACACCACCAUGGGCUGAUCCACCUCAGGAACUGCAGCUCCGGGGUGGGGAAGACCCCCGCGGGGGGGAAGGACUCUUCCUCAGGUUGCUACGAGCAGCUGCUGGUCUCCACCGAGGUCUUCCUCACCCUGGGCAUCGUCAGCCUGCUGGAGAACAUCCUGGUCAUCGCCGCCAUCGUCAAGAACAAGAACCUGCACUCGCCCAUGUACUUCUUCAUCUGCAGCCUGGCGGCCGCCGACAUGCUAGUGAGCGUCUCCAACGCCACGGAAACCGUCGUCAUGGCGCUGAUCACCGGCGGCCACCUGGCCAUCCGCGGCGGCCUGAUCAAGAGCAUGGACAACGUCUUCGACUCCAUGAUCUGCAGCUCGCUGCUGGCCUCUAUCUGCAGCCUGCUGGCCAUCGCCGUGGACCGCUACGUCACCAUCUUCUACGCCCUGCGCUACCACAACAUCAUGACGGUGCGGCGGGCGGCGGGCGUGAUAGGCUGCAUCUGGGCGUCGUGCACGGUGUCGGGCGUGCUCUUCAUCGUGCACUCGGAGAGCACCACCGUGCUCAUCUGCCUCAUCACCACCUUCUUCGCCAUGCUGGUGCUCAUGGCCUCUCUGUACGUGCACAUGUUCCUGCUGGCCCGCCUGCACAUGAAGCGCAUCGCCGCCCUGCCCGGCGGCGCCCCCGUCUGGCAGGCCGCCAACAUGAAGGGCGCCGUCACCCUCACCAUCCUGCUGGGCGUCUUCGUGGUCUGCUGGGCGCCCUUCUUCCUCCACCUCAUCCUCAUGAUCUCCUGCCCCCGCAACCCCUACUGCGUCUGCUUCAUGUCGCACUUCAACAUGUACCUCAUCCUCAUCAUGUGCAACUCGGUCAUCGACCCGCUCAUCUAUGCCUUCCGCAGCCAGGAGAUGCGCAAGACCUUCAAGGAGAUCUUCUGCUGCUGUCUGGGCCUGCCCAGCCCCUGUGUCUGCUCCUGCGAGCUGCCCAGCAAGUACUGA